AUGGAGCCUGAAGAUCCUAGCAAGAUUUUCGCAUGGAAGGCCUGUAAAGAAAGCCUGCCAACAAAGCAUAACUUGAUGCAAAAGAAGGUUCUGAGUGAAGACAUGUGUAAGAUGUGCAACACAGAAACUGAGGAUGUAGCUCAUGCUUUGUGCUUCUGCCCUUCAGUAAGAGAGGCUUGGGAAAAACAGCUACCUGUUAUCUUCAACUCUGACCUUCCAAACAUGUAUGGGGAUAUAGCUGGGUUUAUCAGUGGCCUACAACAGAAAGAUCAGUUAGAGUUGUUCUUCCUAGCCAUAGCCCAUGCCCUGGCUGUCCAGCAUGUUUAUAAAGCAACCCGUGGCCAACCUUUGAAGGCUGUGAGGCACCAUUGCCGUUGGGAAUUCCCCCUACCAGGAGUCUUCAAGUUGAAUGUGGAUGGGGCAACCUUCUUGAACCAACACAGUGCAGGCAUUGGGGCCAUCUUGAGAGACAGUAAAGGAGAAGUGUUAAUGGCAGCAAGUAAGAAGGAACAUGAAGUCAGAGAUGCAACAAGUAUUGAGAUGCUUGCAAUUUUCAGGGGACUACAGUUGACUGCUCACCUGGGAAUUCAACACCUCAUCAUAGAAAGUGAUGCACUGACCUUAGUUCAGGAGCUGCAGAAACCAAAACCCUCAAUGGCAUUGGUUGGGAACGUGAUCAGGGAUACUAAAGAGCUUAUGAGCCUCUUCCAUAUGUGUGAAGUUAGGUAUACUAUGAGGUCGUGUAAUGAAGCAGCACAUAAGCUUGCAAGACAUGCUUGGCAUGUAAGUAAUAUUAACUUGUGGUGGGGAUCUUUCCCUGAUGUAAUUGCUCCAGUCCUAUGGACGGAGAGACAGUUGUAA